AUGGUGUCUCUGUCGAGGGCGGCUCUCCUUACCCUAGGAGUGACCCAUGGCGCAAACGCCUGGGGUGCAUUGGGCCAUGCAGCUGUUGCCUAUGUUGCACAACAUUAUGUCCACCCUGAAGCUGCAUCAUGGGUCCAAAAAGUUCUCAACGAUUCCUCCAGCUCAUAUCUAGCAAAUAUUGCUUCUUGGGCCGAUGAGUAUCGCCUUACUGAUGCCGGCAAAUGGUCAGCCCCAUUGCACUACAUUGAUGCAUUGGAUAAUCCUCCAAUCAGCUGCGAUGUGGACUACGAGCGCGAUUGUACCGACGAGGGCUGUUCAAUCUCUGCCAUCGCCAACUAUACCCAGCGCGCAGGUGAUGCCCGACUCGGCAAUGCCGAUACCGCAGAAGCCCUCAAGUUCCUUGUCCACUUAAUCGGUGAUCUCGCACAGCCGCUGCACGAUGAGGCCUAUGAGCUUGGCGGCAAUGGCGUCAAGGUCACCUUCGAUGGCUACAGUGAAAAUCUCCACUCUAGCUGGGACACAUACAUGCCCCAAAAGCUGAUUGGGGGCAACUCCCUCGAGGAUGCGCACUCAUGGGCCACCAGCCUGGUUGGGGAGAUCACCGCGGGCAGCUACAGAUCCAAAGCGAAGAGUUGGACCAAGGGCGAUACUAUCAAGGAUGUUGUCACCACCGCUACUCGAUGGGCGACGGAUGCCAAUGCUUACAUCUGCACCGUGGUUAUGCCAGAUGGACCCGAUGCCCUGACGACUGGUGACCUCUACCCGGAGUAUUAUGAUUCCGCCAUUGGCACGAUCGAAAUUCAGAUUGCCAAAGCUGGUUACCGACUGGGCAACUGGCUCAACAUGAUUUAUAAGAUUAAAAUCGCCGGGCGCCACCCAGGCAAAUUUGUCAAGGAGCACCAUGAACCAGGCCAUGGUAUUCUUCCUCCACCUCGCCAGCCAAGUCGUGCAAACCUAGCCCGAGCGGCCAUGGGAGGAUCCUGCUGUACCUCUAAGGGGCGUGACCACAAACACUGA